AUGACUGUCACCCUUGACGACGUCUCCGCUCUUCUUCACAUCCCGGUUGGUGGGAGAUUCUACACUCCAGGAGUGGCCUCGAGAUAUGAUGUGGCAGAGACCUGCGCUUUGCUGUUAGGGGGGGAUGCAGAUUUGUACAUGGCUGAGUUUGAUGUGAAGAGGGGUCCGACUAUGAGGUUCAGCUUCUUGCGAGGCCUUUACCCGACAGCUGUUGCAGGUUUGUUUCAUUCAUUAUCUGAACUUUUUCCAACUAUUAUUUAUAUUUACUUAAUCAUAAUUGGUAUUACAUUGUAAUGUAGAGGGGCGGUACGAGCAUGCAGCCAGGAUGUACCUGAUGCAUCUUGUUGGCGCGACAUUGUUCGCCGACAAGAGUGGGGGGCACUCAUUCUCCGCCCGUUGGAUCGGCAUGCUACAGGAUCUUGAGCGGGUGUCGGAGUUCGCGUGGGGCGCCAUGGCCCUUGCCACGUUAUACGACCAGCUUGGACAGUCUUCUCGCAGCGGGGUCAAACAGAUGGGCGGUUACACUUCCCUGUUGAUGGCCUGGGUCUUUGAGCACUUUCCAGACAGGCUCGUUCGCCGGUAUGCGAACCCUGCUUACAUAGAGGACCAGCCCAGAGCUCGUAGGUGGACAGAGUCACGGUCGGGUCAUGCUAGGCUUGACGAGAGGCGAGUACUAUUUGAUGAGUUGACGGCCGACGACGUCACUUGGACUCCAUAUGAGGCCCACAGGGAAUGGCGACAGCGGGAUGAGAGGGCUUUGUUCUCAGGCUACAUUCGGUGUCCAUAUCCCCCUGCUGUGCGACCUCAUCUUCCGGAGCGGGUCAUGCGACAGUUUGGGUAUAUACAGACGAUCCCGCGCCACCCUAGUGAGAUGGAUAGAUCUCCCGCAGAUGAGGCUGUUGAUGCGGCAUUCGCAGAUUAUGUGCAGUACUUGUUUCCUGAGGGCGACCCUGCUAUAGAGGAGGGACAGGCUGUGGGCGGUUACAUGGAUUGGUACGCUAGAGUGUCUCAUUGUUUCAUCAUACCGGAUGAGAGGAGGAUUGAUCUCAGUGUCGUGGCUGCUUUGCGUAGGGCUUUAGAAGUCCUUGAGUUGUCACUUGAGGUGGAUGAUGCUUUGCUGCCAGGCACACAGGCCCGCGCUUUAACGGAGAGAGCACUUCGCAUCCUCCAGGACUUGGCUGGGACACAGGGCAUUGCUUACGUUGCUGGGAGAGGAGGUCUGGGAGCAGGUGGCCGAGCAGGUGGCCGAGCAGGUCGCCGAGCCGGUGGCCGAGCAGGUGGCCGAGCAGGUGGCUGGGAGGGCGGCAGGGCAGGAGCCAGGGGAGGCCGUAGGGGUAGGGGAGGUCGUCGUGGUAGGGGACAGUAGGGGACAUUAGUUGUAUGAGCAUUUUGUUGACAUUACUAUUACGAUAUUAGGGGACUAUGUAUUUUGCAAUACUAUUUCGGAUUAGUAUGAGUUUUAUGUUCACUUUAACGUAUAUUUUUUUUUUUUCACUUUUACCCUAAACCCUAAUAAUUUGUGAGCUUUAUGUUCACUUUAACAUUUUUUUUUCUUUUUCACUUUUAUAAUCAAACCUAAUAAUUUUUAAAAUCUAUUACUUUUAUAAUCAACCCUAAUAAUCAACCCUUGUAAUGGAAGCCAAAACCUGGCACUCAACAACCCAAACCCUUGUAAUGAAGUUUAAUCUUUAAGAUAUAAUCCGAAACUUCAACCUUCGGAUCAGUAUGAAACUUCAUCCUUCGGAUUAGUAUGAAACUUCAACUUCCGGACACCUCUGACAGAUUCUACCACCUUUUUCAGCACCAUUACUCCAUAGCUUCACCUACCUCACCACCAUUAUGGCCUGCAUAAACUCCUCAACCACCAAACCACCCCCCAUUACAUUUCACUUCUGAUCACCCUCACUCCCUCACUUCCUCUUUUCUUACUACCCCUCAACCCCCCACCACCAUCAUUGCACCACCAACAACAACCUUCAUCAACCAGCACCACCUUGGUAUGUAUCAUUGCAUCCAUUAUAAUAUGCAUAUAUACGUUUGUUUAUAUUUUCUACUAUUUAAAUUUCUCUUCAUUUUUUGCCACCACCAU